AUGCGUCUUUGGUCUUCAAAGCAGGCUGAUCCUUCCUCCACUCCCAAGUCCCGUCUCCCAUUUUUCUCCCGACUCGUACUCUGCUCCACUCUUGCACUGGGAGUCGGUGUUUUCCUGAAAUAUCGUCCACGUUUCACCUAUAACUUCCUUCUUACUCCUCAAUUCAUCCUCUCACCACAGCCAUCAUCCCACCUCGCAACCAUGUCCUACGAACGUGAACGCUAUAUUGCCGAGCUCGCGGUCCAGCGUGCGACUAUCCUCACACAGAAGGUGUUCAACGAGAAGGCCAAGGGCACUGUAUCAAAAGACGACAAGUCGCCUGUCACUAUUGGCGAUUUCGGAGCCCAGGCCCUGAUUAUCCAGGCAAUUCGCAAAAACUUCCCCAACGAUGAAAUUGUCGCCGAAGAAGAGGCCAGCAGUCUCCGGGAAGAUAAGACUUUGAGCACCGAGAUCUGGAGACUGGUCAAGGAUGUAAAGUUGGAGGACGCUGAGAGCAACGAGAUUCUUGGUGGUACCCUACCAAGCGAAGAGAGUAUGCUGGACAUCAUCGAUCAGGGAAAGAGUGCCGGUGGCCCCAAGGGUCGUAUCUGGGCUCUGGAUCCCAUUGACGGUACCAAGGGAUUCCUCCGAGGCGGUCAAUACGCUGUCUGCCUCGGGUUGCUAGAGGAUGGCGAUGUCAAGGUUGGUGCUAUCGGUUGCCCCAAUCUUCCGGUGGAUGAUGCUGCUACCAUUUCCGCUUCGGUCGGUGUCGACCAGAACAGUGGGGCAGGCAACGGGGUGCUCUUCUCAGCCAUCAAAGGCCUCGGAUCGAUCAGCAGACCCCUGAAGGACGGUGUUCUUGCUGAAAGCAAGUCUAUCUCCAUGCGGCCUGUUCCUGAUAUUUCUCAGGCUGUCUUCUGCGAGGGGGUCGAGGCUGGACACUCUGCUCAGGGUGACAAUGCCGCUGUCGCUCAGCUUCUCGGAAUUACCUCCCCUAGCGUGCGACUAGAUUCGCAGGCCAAGUAUUGCUCGAUUGCACGCGGAGCAGGUGACAUCUAUCUCCGACUCCCUGUCAAGAAGGACUACCAGGAGAAGAUUUGGGAUCACGCUGCUGGUGACAUCAUUGUUAGAGAGGCCGGUGGCCAAGUGACUGAUAUCUAUGGCCAGACGCUGGACUUCAGUAAGGGCAGAACCUUGGCUGCCAACAAGGGAGUUGUGGCUGCUCCCAAGGCUAUCCAAGACGAAGUCAUCAACGUCGUCAAGAAGGUUUUGAAGCUCUGA